AGAGCCACCAGCAGCACCAUGGCCCAGAGCGUGCUCUACGCCGACCUGAGAUUUGCCAAAGGGCCAGGGGGCCACAGCACAACCAGCCAGGUGCUGGAGGCAGACAGCGUGGAUGACACAGACAGCCCCUAUGAGAAUGUUGUACCGGGACCAGCACCCGUGGGGACGGCAGGGGAAGGGACCCAGCACAGCCCAGGGCACUGGUCCCGACGGCGCUGUGUCCCUGUGGGUCUGCUGGCAGCCAUGCUGCUGCUGUUGGUGGCCCUGGUGGCUCUGGGGACCUGCUACUGGCAGGUGACCCACCAGCUGCAGAACGUAUCCAUGGAGCAGGCCACUGAGCGUGGCCACUUCUCACAGAAGGCACAGGUGUGGGAGCAGAACCUGGAGCAGACACAGCAGCAGUUGGCAUGGGUGCAAGAGGAGCUGCAGCAAGCGUGGCAGGAGGCCCACCACAGCCAGCAGGAGCUGGCCAGGCGGGAGGCUGAGCUGGUGCGUGUUUCAGGAGCCCUGAAUGUGACCCAAAAGGAGCUGCAGGAUAUGCAGGGGAAGCUCAGUGCCAUCAAGCAAACAGCGAGCAGCCUGCAUGUCUGUCUGAACGGAGACUGCUGCCCCUCGGGCUGGCUGCUCUACCAUGGCAAGUGCCUCUUCAUCUCGGCGGUGAAGAAGAGCUGGUGGGGCAGCUACUGGGAUUGUGUGGAGAAGCACUCCCAUCUGUUGGUCCAAGGUGAAUCGGAGUUGUGGGUGCUGCCGCGUUUUCUCCAAGCAGAUGGUUCCAUGUACUGGAUCGGGAGAGAAGACUAUUACACUGCAAAGAGGUAUGAUUACAGUGGAGAUUGUGUACUGUUAAUAGCUGGGAAAAUGCAGAGUUUAUCAUGCAAGAAGUUUUACCCGUGGAUCUGUGAGCAGCCCCCAACGCUGAGCAGUGCGUCUGAGAGCCUCACUCGUCUCCUGACCAAGGACUGACCCUGCUGCCAGCCCCUCCGUGUCACAGGGCUGGGGCACAGCAGCCGGGCUACCAGCAGAAAUAUCCCAGUGCUGUGUACGCACCGUUCCCAGCGUGUGGCAAAGCACUGAGAAAAUGGUCUGGAGAACCGCCUGUAUUUUAAAGCAAGGCUUAUGAAAAAUAGACCUCAUUCCCCUCUCCCACACGCAUGCAGACACUUGUACCAACAUUUUCCUGCUCCCAAGACCCACACACAUGUCCCCAUGUACCAUGGCCAGUCUUUCACUGUGGUAUCUUGUUGGGUUCGUGGGAGUAUUCAGGUUGAGUAUAAGAAAAAAUUUCUUCUCCGAAA